CUUUUUAUUUUUAUUUCAAAAUAUUAUUAUAGGUUAAGGUGAUUGCUUUACAAGUUUACAAUAGAAGCAUAGAUUUUACGAAAAACUUAUAAGAUAAUUAGCUGUAGAAACUGUUUAUACCUAAACUGCCUAAACCAUUUCGUCUAGUAAAAUAAAUUGUAAUCAAAUAAUGAUGUGAAUAGCUUAUGUCAUUUUUCUGCCUUUAUACUUUUUUAUUUAGACUAAGUUUUGAAGCUAACGGGUCAUAAUGUCAUCUACAGUAUCUGUUUCAAAAGGCUGUUUUGUUUUCAAACCAAAAGAUGCCAAGUCAAAAAAACGAAAAGCGACCAAUUGUUUGGACUUUUCUUCAGAAGCUUGGUAUCAAUUUUAUUCAAAGAUGUGGAGUAAAAUAGAGAAAAAUUUGGAGGAAAUCAAUGAAAAUGUAUCACAAAGUGUCCUAGAUGACUUGGCCGAUUUUAUAUCGAAAUGUGACACAGUCAAAGGGAAAAUAUCGUCAGCAGCACUUCUAUUGGGGGUGAAUAUGCCAGAUCAUAGCACACUUUUCUCAGCGUUGGCCAAUAGAAUUCGUGUGAAUGUGACCCCACAUGUGGCGAUUCUGGACUCCAUCGACUUCACCAACGUUCGAAGCGCCAUCGAGAAAAUGGUUACUCUCCUUGUCAAAGAGAAGAAACACAUUGAUUUAGAGGAGGUAAAAAGAAUGUACAAUAGAAGAAGAAAAGGAAGGCCAAGGAAUAGAUGGACAGAUGAUGUAGAGCAGGAUUUGAGAACGCUUGGAGUUCGCAACUGGAAAAGACAGGUAGAGGAUCGGGAGAGAUGGAGAGGCUUUGUGAGGGAGGCCAAGGGUUGUAGCGAUCUUCAAUAUACAGGACGAUUACCAAUAGUGAUGAUAAUGGGCGUGGCAACCACAGCCAGCACCAUCCAUAAGUCACUGUCUCACACGGCCACUUCGCAGUUGAGUCUUCGUCUAUUUCAGUCUCAACCUUCUGUUUACUUCCUCAAUAAUACACUAGAUCAGGUAUUUUUGAAACAAGACUGUCCUUUCCAGCUUGGCUCGAAAGUUAUGAAGUUUUUGACAGAUAUAUUCUUGUUCUAUGAUUUCUCAGUGGAUGGUUUCAUCAAGGGUAUCAAGUACUGUGUUAUGCGUCAUUUCUACGGAUCGAAAACCAAUGUGUUGUGCUGCUCAAAAUCUGACAUAAAACGUGUUGUCGAUAGUCUCGACAAAGCCAAUCUGUCUAGCAUAGAACAGUUACCAUCAUUCCAAAAAUAUCUGCUUUCUCUGCCGGAAGAAAAACAAGCCAAAAUUAAAUCGAGCUCACCUGCCUUGAAAGAGGUUUUAAGGAACCUGAUGAAAGAGCUGCGAGACUCAAUUUCUGUAUUUCAUACAUUUUUACGGAUGCUGCAUGCUCUGGUAUCAGAUCUACCCGAUUGUCCGCUGGGAAAACAGUAUCGAGAGAUCUACAGUGAAGCAGUCUCAUUAAAGGUUACCAAUUCCUCAAGCUAUAAGGAAUGUUUCAAAAUACUAGCUCUGACUUCGAAGGAUGAACUUCUGCCAAAAUUAUACAAGAUGUUGGAAAUUCUGAGAGAUUGUAAUGUGGAGAGCGAAUCUGUGAAAAAUUUAUUGAAUAAAUUGAAGACGCAUUGUAAGAAACUAGAGAAUGUUGGAUUGGAGCCGACCAGCCGAACGCCAACAAAAAGUCCAUCCAAGGCUCGCUUCAACGUUACCAGUCGAGCUCAGUUCAAAGAGCACCUAGCCAAACUGUCAGAAACGAAGCAGCCGGCCAACGCCUACGAGUUGGCCAGAAUGAAUUUUCUGGAAUUUGUUAGAGACGAGCUGUUCGAAGAGACACUGAAUCCGCUGACGCAUCACCCGCUGCAUGAGGUGGUGCUAUUCGAUGACAUUGCAUCAGUCAAGCGACGACUCAUUGGAGCCCCGCGCGCCGCUCUACACACCGCGCUCAAUAAUCCACAUCACUAUCUCGAGUGCAAUUGUUGUAAGCUGUCAAAUGAUGGGGAGAUACUUCCUACUAUGCCAGAUGUGUGCAUAGCAUACAAACUUCAUCUAGAAAGCAGCUCGCUUAUAAAUAUGUACGAUUGGCUUCAGUCAUUCGCAGCUGUGAUCAACCCGAAUGGAGAUAGCGGUAAAAACUUGGAUGAUCAGAUACAAGCGAGAUUCACUCAAGCGGUGGCUGAACUUCAAUUACUCGGAUUCAUCAAAUCCACCAAGAAAAAGACUGACCACGUCGUGAGACUUACUUGGGGAGGCUCUGCGUAGAAUUCUUCAUCCCAGCGAUUUUAUUUUAUUUCUUGAUAUUUUGUACUAGCUUGAUGAAUAAAGAUGCAUUUUUAUAA